GCGGAACUUGACGGACGGGAGCCGGCGUUUGAAAUAGAUACAAGGCUAACGCGCGUGUAAGCGCGCAGACUUACUGUUGUGAGAGUUAAGGGGGCCACAUGUUUGUCUUUCAUUUUCUGUACGAUAUGCCAAAGACGUAGGGAGGACUAUUCACAAACUCGGCUUCGUCCUCUGUUUGCAUAUUGCUGACCGUGGAACUAUUUUGUGAAGGAAACUUUUGUCUUAAUCCCCCGAAGUUUACACGAGGCCAAGCAGACGAUAGUAAGAUGCAGAGCGAAUUGAUGUGAAUUUUGUGACGGAUUACCCUGACACCUCUCGUUAUUGAAGGUAUGAACGAGUCAACAAGGCGAGGCUCGAAACAUGAGGGAACUUUUCCUUUUUUCCGCUUUGCUGCAAUUAGCUCUGUGUGAACUCGAGCCGCAGUUUAACUCUACACCAGAACACUUGAGGAUAAAGCAGGGUUCUCGGGCCAUUCUACCUUGUUCUGUGGUGUACAUAGGAGGUCAUCAGGUUGUGUGGUCGAGUCCUCGGAAGACACUUAUAAGCUUGGAGGACCGACGUUUGAUAGAUGACCAGAGGAUCAGCGUUGAGCGACCCUACAUCAAGGAAUGGAAUCUGCACAUCAGGAAUGUUCGUUAUAACGACAGCGGGACGUACAAGUGUGAGAUCAACACAAACCCUAUACAGUUUAAAGAAGUGACACUCAAAGUUGUAGUUCCGCCCACCAUCAUCAGCAAACUUUCCUCCGACAACCUAAAACUGAGGGAGUCAGAGACGGCGGAGUUGGUGUGCAACGUCACGGGGGUGCCACACCCAAAUGUCACAUGGUUCAAGAGGAAUUUCAGACUUGGACGAGGUCAUAAAGAACGAAUCGGUCUAGAAGGGGAGGUGUUGAUCAUCCACAAUGUCACCCGGUACUGUGACGACAUCUACGAAUGCUACGUUGACAACGGCAUUCCCCCGGCUGUCAGUAAAGCCAUCAGAGUGGUCGUGGAAUUUCCGCCGGAAGUGGUGAUGACCAACAAGCGCAUAGGACAUCGCCUGGGACGCGAGACCAUACUAGAAUGCAGUGUGUACGGCAACCCUCAAGGUCUUACAUUCUGGAAGAAAAAUGGCCGCCAGAUUAUAACUGACGAACGGUUUACGGUGGAGGCGUACGAGGACAUUGAGAAUAGGAUAGUGACCCUCAGUCUCCGCAUCAACCCACUGGAGAAGCAGGAUUUUGGCAGAUACGUCUGUGAGGGAAGUAACCAUCUAGGGAUGGACAGAGAGGAAAUGGUCUUAUAUGAAAUUGAGCCGGAAAUUACUACAACGCCUUCCACAACACAAAGGCCGUUUUACGAAGUACUACCAGACAUCCCCGACGACGUUGAUGAAGACAAGGAUGAGGAAAGUAGCUACGUCUCCGACCGACAACGCCCUGGACCAGCCUCCACAAUAUACCCGGAUCAGUACCCGGGUAAAUACCCGGACAAACUCCAGCCUACCAGAUCCCCAACUAGUCGAUACAGUGGAGAGACGGGCAAUGACCCCAGAUCCAUUCUCCGUCAUAGAAACUGUGCCUCAGAUGAAAAAUAUACUUUUAUUACAUCCAUAUUGACUGUGAUUAAUAUUUGGUUGAUUUCUUGACCUCAACAUACUGUAUCAUAGCUGACACCAAAGUGAAGGUCACAUGAUGUCACAUCCGGCUGGUAUGCGAUCCAAUAAGAAACCUGGAUACUUAAAGGCUUGCAGUGAGUAGAAGGAAGGAUUCGCUUGCAGAUGGACCUUGUGUGUGUGUUUUGAACCAGUGGUGUCUAAUGUCGAAGGAAAAGGUGAUAAUAGCAGGCAGUAUUAUUGAUUGGAAAACCAUUUCUCGUUAUCAUGUUGCAUCUUAUGGAUGCAGAACACUGUGAAGAACUGCAAGCACUCCCGGGAACCAAAUAAACUAAAGGUGAAACACAACGGUUCUUAAAGAGGAAGGUUAUUGUUUAACCCGACAAAAGUUUCAGUCACCUUAUUGGAGGGAGUGCAAAGACAAUGCUAUUUGUAUAUUGUUAUCAACUGUAAUGAAAUCAGCUCAGUACCAAAUUGAAGCAGUGGAGCUGAAAAUAACAUAUUUGCAUUGAUGCUACCCCCACUAAUAACUGCUGGGACAAGUCCAGGCUCUGUACAAAUAUAUUUACAACCGUGUACAACACUGUUCUCUUGUGUCGUAUAAUAUCAAUGAUUGUAUACAUUGCUUUGUAUGCAAUUGAAUCGUUCAACAUAUCCAAAUUCGUAUUUCGAUCAACGAAUCCAUCAUUCCGAUUCUUGUGUAUCUUUUACGAAUGUUUCACCAAGUGGGAUUAAUAUUUGAAAUGUCCAUUAACGUGAUUCAGAAUGGUAAGCCAUUAAUAAAACAAAUAAGUAUGACGUACAACCAUAUAUCAAUAAUACAUACAAAUACAACCUUCAUUUUUAGAGAAAACAAAACAAUAAUUGUUUGUAUGUUACGUUAUUAUCAUACUAGAAAGAUCUCAUAGUGGGAACAGUUAUACACAUUAUUCUUGUAAUACUAUUGUUUCAAAAUUCCAUUUAAGAUGUUUUAUGCUAUUAUAGAAAAUAUGUAGAACACAUUACCAACAACUGAGGUUUUUCGCUCUCUAUGCACCCGUCACUGUUGAAAGUGUUUGUUCCAAGGUUGUAUGACCUUGAUCGCUUGAUCAUUUAUUGAAUAGGUAACAUUCAGAUCAGGCCCCUCACACAUUCAAUGAUGACAUUGAAACUCGAGUUCACUCCCCUUGAUAUGAACAUAAUAGGUGUUGUCGCAUAAGGCACGUUGGCCGAAUUCUUGCAUAUUUCCUAGUCUUAUUUGUAUCCGGGAUGAAUGACAAAUAAUCUUUUGUAAAACGUGUUAUCCUUUGCAUCACAAGUCAACUUUGUCCAAUUAUGUUAAAACUAAACUACACACACCAUUCUCCAUGUCAUCAGGUAUCACGUUUUCGUUGUAAUAUUUAAUUGAGAUUUCCCUAAUAGUCAAUUUUAGUUCACAAUUUAAUUGCUAUAAUUAUUAUCACUGAUCUGAAGUGCUUCUCCCUCUGUAAUUGAUCCGACACUCAUACUCACCCGACCCCUCCCCCAUUGCACGGGAGCAAUAUUGUACACCCUCUGUAUAUACGACUGUGUAGGUAUUGACUGAACGCUCUCUAGACGUGUGUAUCAAUGAUGUACAUAUUUAUGGGAGAUUGCUAUGGUGCUAUCAAGCAAAAUGUAGUUAGUGUACUUAAUUAUUUAACAAGGGGCCGUUGCCCUCAAAAUAACGAAUACGCUGCAUUGUAUCUGGCUGUCAAAACACACUCUUCUUGUCCGUAAACCAAUUUUGAUAAUCUAAUUCAAUCUGAAAAUAGCUGGUUGCUAUAGUUAAUAAGCGACAAUUUCGUCCCAAGCGUCCCAUUUUCAAAAGGGGUUUCAAUGAUGGAACGUUACAAAAACGUGGAGUGCUUUUCCACUCAAGCCUCAUUGUGGAGUUAGGGUCCCGGAUGCAAAGAAAAUUUCUGGGUCAAGGCCAAACAACACUUUUAUGUGUAAAUAUAAAUAUUUAGGUAAAAUCUUGAAAAUUUUGUAGUGUGAUUAUCUAUGUUAAAAUGGUUAAGGAAUUGCAUACGUCUUUUGUGAGUUUGGUAGUUGUUGGUAGUUUGUUUAAACAGACAGGCUUCAAACUGUGACAUGUUGGUAAUAGGCGUGGAAAGCAACAUCUACACAAUAUAGCAUGCUUAUCACAUUGCAAAACAGCAACAAUUUCUGGAUAGCAUUUAUGUGAACAUAUGGUAUGGUUAACUACAAGUAAUUGGGUUCAAAGCGUGUUUCAGAGCUUAAUUUGAAGACGUUUAUCUAGAGAGUUAAGACAACUAUUGGUGUGUUUAGAUAUUGCUUUGAUUUAUUUCCAUAUGUGAUAAGAGAAACACGAUGUUGUACCUUGUAUUUGAAUCCAUGUAUGGUGGGCAGCGCUCCAGAGUACAUGUGCUAGUCCUCGUUGGCAACUUGAGUGUACAUGUGACUUCCAUGCUAUCGUCCCUUCACUUCACCUGUACAGUAGGACAAUCUAGCGGCACCAAACUCCUUACAUAGUCUCAUGAAGCAUUUCACAGUGACAUAGCAAAAACGGUUAAAUGUUCAAUAUACAAUGGAGUUGAUUUGAUUUGUGAAAAGAACAGACGCCAAACAAUGAUGCAAGUCAUACUAUUAUAUAUUUCUAAAGCUAUGAAUUGGCCAUUUCAAUACAUAACACAUCCAUAUACUGAACAAAUAUCGUUAGAAAUCAUGAAUAUAUUUGGCGAUGUUUUCAUGAAAUUGUGUGCUCCGUUUUCACUACAAAAGAUGUCCCCCAAAACAUUCUGAUUCCUUACGUUUCUUGUGCAGUAUAGUUUAGUUCAUUCAUAAAUUCUGGCUAGCAAAAGUGCACAAAAUAAUAGUCUUGGCAGUCAAUAUUAUCUUAUGUUCUGAUGAUAAUUUAUUAUUGGUCAAUCAUGGAUUAUUUUAGUUUUAGAAACUACUCAUGCGUGUAUGAUAUGCUCAGUGUGUGAUGUUGUUGGACAAACUUGUUCAUCAAUGUUCUUCAUUAUUUAUUUCUUUAUCAGUUGAUUUUGAUCUCUGUGUAUAUUCCCACCAUCUUUCACUGUCUUGUUGAAAUCAUCCAUGGCAAAUUGUAGAUAAUAAACUGUGUAUAUUUA